CAUCGUGGUAUUCGAACUAUUUUCGUUUACUAUAAUGGACUUCCUUAUUGUUUUAAACGAUACAAAAACAACAAUUAUAAAACCAACAUUUUCUAUUUAAUAUACAAUAUACGUAUUUAUUAUAUGUGAGUCAGCUAAUUACGAUAUCAGUCAAGGUAAUCUCGUGCACAAUAAACGUUUCGCGAGUUAUCGUUUACGAAUUAUUGUUGUUAAAACCUGCAUUAUGGAAUAAACAUGGCAAACAUGGGUGUUUAGCGAGUAACAGCCAUACAUCAUUGUUUGUUACAUCAGCUGAUAAAACGAUGCAACAAAGCGUAUAUAACCGCCACUAUCUAACGCCGCGUAUCGAUUCGAAUUGUAUUUAUUGUCAAGAGUGUUGCACAGUUUAUGAGGAUCGCGUUUCUGCUCAGUUUAAAUCAAUCGGUAUGUAUCGUUUGACUGUGGAUGACGUGAAAUUAAUUGAAGACACGCUGGACGAUGUUGACAUAAUAAGAACCAUAAUCAAGACGACGAACGAUGAUAAACCAUUUUAUAUCCUGGACAUUGCUGAUGUGGUGCAAAAAUAUAAAGACUGGACUGAGAAAAUACCACGAGUCAUUCCAUAUUACGCCAUGAAAUGCAACCCGGAUCCGACGGUAAUUAAGGCUCUGGCGAGCCUGAACGCAGGCUUCGAUUGCGCUUCCGAGAAAGAGAUAAAGGAUUUGAUCGUGCUCGGGAUACCGUCGAGUCGGAUCAUCUUUGCGAAUCCAACGAAGGUACCCUCUCACAUAAGAUUCUCGAAGCAAGUGAAUGUCGAUAGAUUGACCGUUGACAGCGAGGACGAGCUUCUGAAGAUAAAAGAAAUAUUCCCGGAAGCGAGAAUAGUGAUUCGAAUCCGAUGCGACGCCAAGAACUCGGACGUGUGCUUGGGAAUGAAAUUUGGCUGUGACCCGGGCGAGGAAGCCACCCGCUUGAUUCGGCUGACCAAGAAUCUCGGUUUGACUUUGCACGGGAUCAGCUUCCACGUGGGAAGUCCCUGCGGAGAAGCUGACGCUUAUGGCAGGGGCAUCGAGGCCUGCAAACGGCUGAUCGCUGUUGCAAAAUCGAUCGGCGUUCAAAUCGAGAUGAUCGACAUUGGCGGAGGAUUUCCUGGCGAAUCUGGAUUCCGACUCGACGACCUUGCCAGUGUGGUCAACGAAGCCAUUAAGGACUUGGACCCUAGCGUUCAGAUUAUCAGCGAGCCAGGAAGAUAUUUCGUGACAUCAGCUUUUACCAUAGCAUCGUACUUGCAUUCGAGAAAGCUCAUCUCAUGGAAUGAGAAAGAGAUGAGAGCGUACUACGUGAAUUGCGGUGUUUACAGUUCUUUUAUAGAAGAGCUCUUGAAAUUAAAAGCGAGAGUUCCGAUUCCUUUGAAUAAGCCAACAAGUGAAAAAACAUUUUCCUCAUUUCUGUGGGGACCGACAUGCGACGCGCUGGACUGUAUACUAAAGAAUGUGAUGCUACCCGAACUGGAUAUCGGCAACUGGUUGAUCUGGGGAGACAUGGGUGCAUACAGUAUUGCCGUUUGUUCUUCUUUCAAUGGCUUCGAGACGCCCAAAGUGUACCCAUUCGUAAGGAAAAGUCAAUGGUUGGUAGUAAAUAGAAUCUCGUAAUUAUUAUGAUUUAU